UGAAAACCCUAAACUUCAAUAAUCCUCACAAUGACAGUCUAUCAUAUCGUACAAUUUCAAUUCAAAGCGCUCGUGCCGCCCGACGAGGACAAAGCCGCUUGUCAGCGCGUACUAGAUCUUGAGACAAAUUGUCUCCAUCCCGCAUCUCAGAAGCCCUACGUGAAAGUGCUAGGGGGUGGAAAAGAUAAUAGCCUUGAGGGUCAACAGCACGGGAUGACUCACGCAUUCAUCCUUCAAUUUGAGAAUGAGGACGAUAGGAGAUAUCAUGUUGAGAAAGAUCCUGCUCAACUAGAAUUCGCCGCGAGUAUCCGAGACAUACUUGAGGAAGUCCAAGUUAUCGAUUUUACUCCGGGAGUGUUCUAAGUUUGAGACCUUUGUAUAGUGGGUGUCAAUUAGGAGUUUGUCGUUUGUCGGAGUUGAAAGGUGGUUUGAAGAUGACGUCCAUUAAUUUGCAACGAUGGUCUAAAGUAUCUACAGGGAACAGAGGACUGUAAAUUGUGAUCUAUCCAAUUUGAAUAGAUAGGAAAAAGAAA